AAGCACCACUGCAUGCCGGGAGUGAAAGCUUAGUGCCAAGUAGUUUCCUGCACAUUAACUUUUAUGAUGAACGUCGCUGGAGUUGAACCUCUCUCACUCUACCCGAUGUUUUAGACCAUCAGGAAGAAAAUACAUCUCUAUAUUUCAUCUGAUUUAGAUUAGCCAGAAUGAUAACCACGUCGACUAAGUUUCUUUAUUUCGUUACAGCUGCUUCAUGAGAAGAAAAAAAAAAGAAUAUAUAUAUAUAUAUAUAUAUAUACAUAUCUACAUAGACACGCUGUAUCUUUUUUUUCUUCUCUCUCAUAACAUAUCAAGUCAACUAUCAAAAUAAUUGGUCAGCCCCGUACUUGGCUUACUCUGCAUGGAUGGCUUUAUUUCUAUUUCUCCAUUUGAAUGGUCUGACGGGAGGUAUUUUGAUAGUAGACUGUCAUUUGUGGUGAAUGUCCGACUUACGUUGUCAUUGCCACUAGUCUCAAACUUAAUCUUGGCUAACUCACUUUCAGAGUUACUUUACAAAAGUUAUUAUGAGUGCUGGUUUUCAUGAUAGAUCAUUGUCACCCAGCCGAAAUGCUAAUUUACAAGCUAAUUCAUCAAAAACACAAAGGACUUCCUUAUUUCGGUCUUUUUUGUCGUCUUCCAGUUCACCGAAAUAUCACAAGCUGCAACAGAAGCAUGGCACAAGUAAUAACUUCCAUCGAACAUAUGUACACGGACACGUGGACAGUUCUUUGGAAGAUGACGAGGAUGAAGACAAUAUAUUCGAACUUCCAGAGAUCCGGUCUCGAAAGGGACCCGGUAAUUCUAAAAUUUCAGAUCCUUCUACCUCAAAACCGUACGGGACAUCGGAAAUGGACUAUCUGCAACACACAGUAACAGAUGUUGAUACUGUUCAGAGUUUAUCAAUCAAAUACUCAUGUCCUGUUGCUGAGCUGAAGCGUGUGAACCAUCUUAUUCGUGACCAGGAUCUCUUUGGAAGAAAAUUAGUUAAAGUCCCUAUCAGAAAAUAUGGCCAUAUCACCGAGGUCCACAGUGACUUACUGAUCACAGAUUCAAACACAUUAGACUCGACAACACACAAUGCCCCAACGGGCCUCGUCGACUGCUCCGACGAGAUGACACCAGGAGCAUCGAACAGUGUAGACAAUGAGAGUUGCAAUCUCAGUGAUCCGGACAUGCAACGUAAGAUAAUUCAGAGCCUUAGCAUCAAAGACAUGAUACACCCACAGACAAAAUCGGCUGAAGAAUUCCUACGUAGCAUGGACCGUGACUUGGAAGUGAUCCGGAACUCAACGAAGACAAGCUGUCAGUCUCUGAACGAGGUGAUAUCCGUUUUGACCAACAAGUCAAUCCAGCCCCUUCAGAAGCCUAAUAAUGUUUGGAGUUGUUCAGAAGAAGGCUGUGGACUUCGCUACAAAACUAUAGUUGCUGCUGUUGUAUUCAUAGGAAUAGUCGUUCCUAUUUUUAUAAUUAUAUAUUUUAAAUAUCAUAAACCUGACUAAACUUUCUUAUCUUGUUAUGUCAUCAUCAUCAUAAUCAUUGUAAUGAUAAUAAGAAUCAUCAUCACCAUC